AUGUCAAGAAGAAUUUUCAAGGGUCGUCAGAGGGUUGACAUGGUGAAAAUAACGAAUGGGAGAAACUUAGGAGUAACAUUUUCUAAGCGACGUGCUGGUCUGUACAAAAAGGCUUGUGAACUUUGUAUGCUAUGUGGUGCUGAAAUUGCCAUUGUUAUAUUUUCUCCGGAGGGUAAAAUUUUCUCCUUUGGUCACCCUAGCGUGGAAACGCUGGUGGAGAGGUUCCUUGGGAGGAACCUUCCUCCACCAAAUAACGAUGUCCACAAUCAACAAAUUGUGGCUCAUAGAGAAGCUGGAAUUCGUGAGCUCAAUACAAGGCUCAUGAACGUCGAGGGGGCUCUCCAGAUGGAGAAAAAUCGUGGAGAAUCCCUUCAAGAAAUUAGGAAGAAAGCUGAUGGUGUAUGGUGGCAAUCUCCUAUCAAAGAACUUAACUUGUUCCAUCUUCAACACUUGAAGAGGGCAUUGGAAAUUCUAAAGCAAAAGGUUGUAAAAGAGGCACAGAUGGUGAAUAAUAAUGCAUUCCCAUUUCAGACAUUAGGAAGUGCUUGGAGUCCUCCUAAUUAUACAAGCUAA